AUGAUUCCUGAAGAUAACUUUGGAUCGGAGGUGAUGGCCAACAGGAUGCACUCUGCUGGGCUUGCCUUGGAGGAGCUCCUGGUCACAGCUCAAAGACAGGAUUGCCUCACAGUUGGCAUCUACGAAUCGGCUAAACUCCUCGUUGCUGACCCUGACAGUGUGGCUCUCUGUGUGCUGGUGGUGGAUGAUGAAGAAGACAUUGCGUUGCAGAUCCACUUCACGCUGCUCCAGGCGUUCUGCUGUGACAGCAACAUCACCAUCCUCAGAGUGUCCGGGGUACAGAGGCUCCAGAGGCUGCUCCAGGCCGAGGACUGGAACCGCAACACGGAGGAGAGCGGGGACUUCCACUGCAUGCUGGUCACGAAUCAACAAGCUGACCACUACAGACUGAAGGAGCUGGGGACGUAUUGCAAAGAAAGCAGACGCAUGGACCAAUGGAUCCCUGAGUUGGCCCUGCAAGAUCGCUGA